AUGGUUCGGUCUACCGGAGCAGAGUUACCAGGGCAGGUUAUUUCCAUGGCAGCUUCUACUCUGGCAACCUUGGCCAUCUCCAUCACAGGGUACGAAUCAAACCCUGAGGACCCGCCCUCCGCCCACCCUGCAGAAACUAUGGACAGAGGAGAGCCCCCUGCAGCGCUGUCCUCCUCUCCUUCACCCACUCUGGGCAGACAAAGGCCUGAAAUGGGAACGUUUGUCAGGAAGAAGAAGACCAGCGACAUCUACUUCGUGUCCCUUGUGUGGGCCAUUAUUGGAGUCCAGCUCUGGUUGAAUCUGUGGAUUAUACAGUUGCUUCCAGUGCCUAUUGCAGUUUGGAUCCUCAAAAAGCUUGUUAUUCACUUUGGAGUGGUGGACUUCCUGGAGAAACGCUGCCUCGUGUGGUGGCAGGCCGUGGAGCACUUCCUCAGGGAGCGGCAGGAGGCUCUCGCCCCGUGGCCAGUUGUUGGGCUUGGAAAAUUCUUGUUAAAAGUUGAUAGCAAGCUCUGGCACUGGCUAAAUAAGAAGAUGAUCAUCUGGUUGGAGAAGAUGUUAGACAAAAUAAUAAGCAUUUUCAUCAUAUUUUUGUUAGUAAUAGGAACCCUUCUUUUAGCUCUACUCCUGACUGCAAAGGUACAUCAAGAGAGUGUACACAUGAUUGAAGUCACAAGCAAUUUGAUUAAUGAGACUCUAGCAAAUCACCCUGAGUGGGCAAAUUGGCUUCCUGAGGCUCAAGUAGUCCAAAGAGCCCUCAAUUCUGCAGCUAACAACGUGUACCAGUAUGGAAGAGAAUGGAUAACACACAAGCUUCAUAAAAUUCUGGGAGAUAAGGUGAACAAUACUGCUGUAAUUGAAAAGCAAGUACUAGAACUUUGGGACAGAUUGUAUCAUUCUUGGUUUGUAAAGAAUGUAACGCACUCUGGAAGGCACAAGGGACACAAGAUGCAUAUAAAUCGUCAGAAUAGCUGGCUGGGAGACAUCCUGGACUGGCAGGAUAUCGCCUCCUUUGUUCACGAGAACAUCGAGACGUUUCUUUCGAUCUUGGAGUCUCUGUGGAUUGUCAUGAGCCGGAACGUGAGCCUGCUUUUCACCACCGUCACAACUCUCCUGACCAUCCUCUUCUACAGUGGGACUGCCCUUCUCAAUUUUGUCCUGUCUCUGAUAAUUUUCCUGACCACCCUAUUUUAUCUAUUAAGUUCCAGCGAUGAGUACUAUAAGCCAGUGAAGUGGGUGAUAAGCCUGACACCACUAUCUCAGCCAGGUCCUUCUUCUAAUAUCAUUGGCCAAUCUGUGGAAGAAGCUAUCAGAGGUCACAUGGCAAUUCCACAUUCUCGAGUGAAAGCUGCUGGUCAGCAUGACAAAGGAGCUAAUCUGUAUGCUCUUUCUUCCAGAGGUGGGCAUCCUUACUUGACAGGCUUGGCAGUGGCUGGCGGGGCUUACUACUUGGGCCUGGAAGGAGCAAUCAUUGGGCCCAUACUUCUCUGCAUACUCGUGGUCGCUUCUAAUAUCUAUAGUGCCAUGCUAGUGAGUCCCACGAAUUCAGUGCCCACGCCAAACCAGACCCCGUGGCCUGCUCAGACUCAGCGGACUUUCCAUGAUAUUUCUGAUGAUCUGAAAUCUUCAGUAAACUGACAUGGUUUGCAACAGAGUGAUUUCUGUAGUAGGUUCAGUCUUGAUAGUGAGUUCAGCCCAGCUGUGGCCUUCUGUCCUUUCAUCUGUGCCUAGCAAACAGAGCCCAGGAAAGAAGCAGAACCCUCCUGGCCUUCCAAACAGAAUGCCUGGACAAGAGAGAACAUGCUGUGUGUUGCUUUGCCUUUUAAAGCACAGCUUUAGAGCUCAGAAUUGUGGUUUGCUCACUUACUUGUUGCUAAGAUGGCUUGAAAAGUUUCAGUUUAUACACUGGUACCAUGGCUCGAAAUUUCCCACUUUUGGUUAUCUAUAUUAUUAUAAUAUGUAUUUAUAAAGUUAUUUUAAGAGUCCUGAACUACCUGCUGUUAAAAGUAUUUGCCAUGUAAUUUUCUCCUGGUUUAAGAAAUCUGUUCUUGAACUUUUUUAUGACCGUCACUUUUUAAUGAAGAGGGUUUUUCACUUUUGAAUAUGUAGUUGUUUGAGCGGGAAAAGGAAGCCUUCUACCCUUCUACCCUUCUACCUACUCCCCUCUAUAAGUGUAAGGUGGGGUGGCUUAUUUCAAGGUCACCUAGGUGUGUGUUGCAACCACAGGAGACACAGAAAAACAAGCUCUUCCGGCCCUUUCUCCUCCCUCCAUCUGCCAUUACACUAUUGCCAAAUUCUUAAAACUUGGUUGACUACUUUGAAGCAACAUACUUACUAAGCUGCUGUUAAUGGUACCAAUAUGACAGAAUUCAUGUUGUGGUUCAGUUUUUCUUUCCAAAUGCUUUAAGUGAAAAAUCUCAGGAGUAACAGUUCUCUGAGUUGUUAAAUGGAUCCCUGUUUACUUACUUGGAAUUCUGCCAGUUAGUUACUUAUUAGCAGUAGAAUGUUACAGUUAGGUAGUAUUUUUCCAUCACUUAGCAGAGUGCGUUGCACAUAAGACUCUAGAUGAAGGCGUGUUGAAUUAUGACUUUUUAAGUCUCCCAGACAUCGCAAUAACCAGCAUAGUGCUUUGCAUUUUACAAAGUCAUUUUGCGCGUAUUCUUUCACUAUCACUUCCCGGCAGCUUUCAUACAGCUUUAUGGUAUUUUAUAACACUUUCAUACAGAUGGGAAAACUAAGGUUCAGAAAAGUUUAGUAAGAUUUUUACCUCAAAUUUUUCUGACUUCACUGUCUGCCAACUCUGCUCUGCUGUAGCCUUUCUUCUAAUUCCUUUUGCAGUUUUCCCAGCACUUGUCCUGCAGUUAAUGACAGGCUGGGACUAGAACCCAGCUCUUAGCUUGGUGUCCUUCCCACGGUAGAAAACAAUCAUCAGGCUCUUUCUCCAUCCCCAGGGGAAUAUGGAGGAGAAAGCGUUCCUGAAUAUCAAAGACUUCCCUUUGGAAAACAUUUAAAAGUAGAAAUCCUUCUUUUUCUAAACCAUUGUCUCACUGAGAAGCAUAGUCAGUGAUAAUUAGCUUAAAUUCAUUCUGAUAUCACUUAAGAAAUUAACUCCCUUUAGGAAAGAGGCUACUGUGAAGGUUUUGACUGUUUAUACAGUAGACUGCAUGCAGAUCUCUUGUUUUUACUGUUCUUCUACAAUUAUAAUCUGAUAUUACACCAACUGUUCCAUUUGGCCGCUAACCGACUCCUUUUUUCUUUAGUCAGUUGUUCAGUCAUUCGUUCAGUAACACAUUCAUUGAGAGUUGGCCCUCUCUGGUUUCCAUGCCAACCGCUGUACAGGGUGCUAUAGGGGAUAGCUCCUGGGAAGGCCUUCUCCCACCGUAAAUCUUAGCCAGAUCAUGUGCUUGCUAAAAUUAUGAAUUUUGCAGUAAAAGGGUUAAAAAAGAAAUCAGGUUUGUUUUUGUUAAUUGUAUACUGAUAAGUUUAUAGCUAUAAUUGGCACAUAUUCAUAAGCGGCAAGUGUUAGACACAGUUUAGUGUGCAUAAACAAAUUAUGUUCCUCCAAAGUGUUUUUAGCUGAAUAAAGUGAUACUGCGAAAGACUAAACUCCAGCUAAUGUAUGGCUGUUGCCGGUCAUAAUUAUUAGUAUAAAUACCAGGUUCUUUAAAAAAGAACCUGGAGCCCUAAGAGAAUAGUUUGGAGCUCCCAAAAUGGGCAGUGAUGUAAUAUCACCUAAAAAAUCAGUCCUACACACGGUCCUCAUGAGGAGACCGGAACUGCGCUGGUGCUUCAGCAAGCGCAGAAGGACUCCGAAGGCCAACCAGCUGGGGGAGGAGCCCUCGACCAGAGAAACCUAUCCCCUCAGACAGUGAAGAGGCUUUACAAGAUUUUCACAGGGCACAGAGCUCAUGUGGCAUGAAAAGCAAGGAGUCUCAAGCUCAGGUCUCAAAGUGGCUUGCCCCCAGAUUCCCAGGAUUUGUCCCAGAAAGAGUACAUUUCCUAGGAACAGACAGUGCAUGGAUGAAGUAGCUUCAGUAAACACGGAUGCAGAAAGCCUAUCACAAGUCUUACAAUUUUAUAGCUUUAUUAAAGAUUAGUUUUAAGUUCACAUUCACUAUUUCAGUUGUAAACCGAAUGGGGGAAUGAGAAAAGAUAAAAGUCUCCACACAGAUGUGCUCCUCUCUCUUCCGAGAAUAAGGUAUAGCAUUUUUAGCAUAAACACCAUGUCCUAUAAAUCCUUCUGCAGUUCCAAAAUUCCUGUCACAUUCUGUGUUUCUGGAAGUGAUCUGUCACACUGCCUGAGAUACAACUCUUAUUUAUGUUUAAACUUGUGAGGAUUCCUACCACUCUCUUCCAUUAGAGGUAGUUAGCUGGUAGAAUUUUCCUGUGACUUGUGAGACUGGUGUAGAUUGACUCUUGACAAAGAGGAUUACCCAGGAAGUGUUCUGAAGGCCUGCUGUAUUUAAACAAACUCAGAGCCUUUGGAAAAAGCAGCUGUUUAUUCCAGUUAAAGGGCUGCUAAAAGGCUUGCAGAUGAGGUUCUCUGGCUAACCUUGGUCUUCAAUACCCAUUGUGACCUUACUCAUACCCCUAGUUCCCACACUGGUUGUAUCUAGUGCUUUAGGAUGUGUCCCUACUGGGCAAGAAAUACUCAGAAAUUCAGGCCAUGAAGGGUUAGAUUAGAGCAAAAGAAUUUUAGGUGAGCUAUCCAGGGCUCUCAGCGUCAGGGUUUGUAGGAAAAACCCCUUCAGAACUUCCCAUACUCUAGUCCUGACUGGCAGUUUCCUGUAGGGGUCUUCUAAGACCCUUACAAGAGUAUUACACUAGGCAUUUCAUAUUGGAGAUAGUCUCUGGCAAUAUACUUCCAAGUGUUAGUUCCAGCUGAGAGCAACUUUUUUUUUUAAUUAGUUUUUGUCCUUACACAUUUGCCAUCAAAAUAUAUUCAUUUCAUUAAUUUAUUAAGGACCUGCAAAAAAUGUGCUACCUGAAACCACUGAGCAGUUAUUUUAUUUUUGAUAGUUUAAAAAUAAGAGAAUUGUAAAUCAAGAUGAUCUGUCUACUAGUCAUAGAAAUUCUGUGCUAGAAUGGGCCUUACAUAAUUAGGCGAUCCUGUCAUUUUCUAGGGGAGAAAAUAAAUCCAUAGAUUAAAGUGGCUUUUCUACCACACAGAGAGUCAGUUAGUAACAGAAUUCUGAGUAGAAUACAGUUGUUUUUUUUUCCUUAGCCCACUGUUCUGUGUCUCUUCCCUUUCCCUUAUAGUUGAGCAGCUUUUGGAAAUAUGUGUUCCUUAUAGCAGUAGUUUCAAGAGAUGUUAUUAGAUGUUAUAAGAGACAAAAGUGGGCAUGGGGGGAGGGGACUCCAUGGUCAGUUAAAAUUGAGGAAUGCUGAGUUGUUUCCUUUCUGUAGGACUUCUAAGAGUUUUUAGCGUGCUGUUACAUAUUGUGAACUUAUGAGGGGACAGAUUGUGUUUACUACACUUAUUUGACCUUAAACUGCACUCCCCUCCCCCGCCCUCCCAUCCUUUUAGCAGAGCUUCUCCAAGGACUACUAGUCCUUUGGGAAACAUGGCUCUCGAGUAAGUUUACAGCUCUUUUAGGAGACAUCCUUAAUGGAAAUUCUGAAUGGUAAAUCUGUUACCAUAGUACCACAUAAACUAUAAUAAAUCUCAAAGUUUAGUGAGAUACCAGAAAGAGAACCUAUUUGCCAUUCAGAGCUAUACGUCAAGUAUAGAGAUUCUUUUCCACCUAUGGUGUGUAAAAUCAGUAUUUGUGUUUAGUUUUGCAAGUUUUUCAAGGAUCUAGUAAUGUGCAGAUACAGUGGUGAUAUAUUAAUAUUACAUUUUUAUAAUGCUUUUGUAUGUCACUUUAUAAUUUUCAGACUGCUUUCUUAACAACCCUGUGAGAUAGGCAGGCGUUAAGUAUUAUUGAAUGAGGCACUGGAGGCUCAGAAAGGUUUUUUGUGAAUUUUCCCUUAAGUUUAUACCUUAAAUGAUGGAGCCAGAAUUCAGUGGCAGAACUUCUGACUCCAAGUCCAGAGUUCUUUACUCCAUACCUGGUUUCUUAUUUUUCUUCUGGCUUUAUAGCUUACAGUGAAAGGUGUGGAAAUGAAUCUUAAAGUAACAUCAUUUUGGCUAUUACCAAAUCCUAUAUCUUUUUUAUUGCAGUGACCCAGAAGGUGUAACUCUCAUUAUAGCUGUCCCCAAGAAAACCCUUCUUCUGUCUUUUGCAGUGCCACUUGUUUGGGUGACUAGAGUAUAUUUCAAAUACCAUUUGAUUCGGAAACCAAGCUUGGAUAUAUAGUUGUAACUGCUUAUGUAACUUUUGGAAAAGAUAUCCUCUGCAUUCUCAGGCAAAGUAGAGAUGGUUUGAAAGCAAAAAAGUUUAUUCAAAUACAACAGUACAUAUUCUUUAUUCUCACACAGAUGCUACUUCUUAGCUUUAACUUGCUUUGACAAACUUCUAAUGUAACCUCUUUGUAAAUGUGAAAUAUUUAUAUUUUGAAAUAAAAUUACUAGUGUUGAAUGAA